GAAAUAAUCAGUGCGGUGUCCAAUAUACACUGGACAUGUCGCUUGACCCGGCUCGUGAUAAGUAAAACAAAUAAAACUGAGAAAAUGACUUUGUUAUUGUUAUUCGUUUCAAGUUUUGCGGCUAUUACAAUUAGUUUGGCUGAUAACCCAUGUAACCCGAGGUAUAUACAGGGUGAAUCGGUGGUGUGCGUUUGCAACUUCACAUAUUGUGAUGACCUGGUGCGAGAUGAACCGGCCAAAGGCACUUUUAUCACUUACACAUCUUCUAAGGAUGGACUUCGCUUCAAAAAGAAAGUGGGGUUCGUGCAAAAAUCCAAGACAACAUUAGAAGACCAGGACCCAGAAUCUGAAUGUCGCGAGGACCUUCACCACAUGACCAUGGAGUUGGAGACGAGGUUCCAGUCCAUCGAGGGCUUCGGAGGAGCCGUGACCGACGCCGCCGGCAUCAACUGGUUGAAGCUGACCGAUGACUUCUUGAGGGCACAGCUGAUCCAGUCAUACUUCGGUUCUUCCGGCAUCGAGUAUACCUUCAUCAGGACGCCUAUCGGUAGCUGUGACUUCUCCACGCGUCCCUACGCGUUCAACGAGCUGCCUGAAAACGACACGAUGCUCACCAACUUCACACUGGCUCCUGAAGACUUUCAGUACAAGAUACCAAUGAUCCAGGCCUGCAUGAAGGCUGCAAGUGUCCCCGUCAAGGUGGUGGCGACGACGUGGUCCCCCCCUCGCUGGAUGAAGACCCGGGACGCCUGGGGCGGCUACAGCCGGCUGCGGCCCCAGUACUUGCAGACUUACGCCGACUACCAUCUCAAAUUUAUCAAAAAGUAUGCAGAACAGGGCAUUCCCAUCUGGGCUAUCACCACCACCAACGAGCCCAUGAACGGCCUGGUGCCGCUCCUCAAGAUCAACUCCAUGGGCUGGACUCCAGGACUUAUGGGAAAAUACAUAGCGGAACAUCUUGGCCCAACCAUACGAAAUUCCAGUUUCAAUUCGACCAAGAUUUUGGCUGUGGAUGACCAGAGAUACACCAUUCCAUUUUGGUUUAAUCGGGCUGCCUCAGACAACCCAGAAGUGCUGAAGUACGUGGACGGGGUCGGCGUGCACUGGUACGGAGACUUCCUGACCCCCGCGGCCGUGCUCAAGGAAGUCUACAAGAAGCAUCCCGACAAGUUCCUACUGGGCACUGAGGCCAGCGCAGGAUAUUUACCGUACGACAAGAGCGUCAUCCUGGGCUCCUGGCGAAGAGCUGAAGACUACGUCUCUAACAUCAUUGAGAAUCUGAACCACAUGUACGUGGGGUGGAUCGACUGGAACCUGUGCCUGGACCCGGCGGGGGGGCCCAACUGGAUCCGCAACAACGUGGACUCCGCUAUCAUCGUCAACAGCAAUGGCACAGAGUUCCUAAAGCAGCCGAUGUUCUACGGCAUCGGGCACUUCUCCAAGUUCCUGCCGCCAGGGUCCCGGCGGGUGGAGGCGCGGGUGGCGGGGUGCGGGCUGGAGGGGGUCGCCUUCCUCACCCCGAGGAAUACCGUCGUGGCUGUGCUCCUAAAUCGGGGCAAAGCAAGAAGACUUCUCCUGCAAAUAGAAGAUAAAGAGGCGGCCUUAUCGCUAGAAGCGAAGUCCUUCACCACGGUGGAGAUGAGUCAAGAGGACGCGUGAAUCACUGCUGCUUAACGGACUCAACUGAAUAAUCACUAUAUUGCUGAACAAUCACAAUUUGUUCUAUACUUACUGCGUUUCACGAAAGAUGACCUAAAAUCGACACACAUAAUUUUAUUGUCAAAGUACCUUUAGCUCGUGAGGCGAAUAUAAAGUGUCUGAACUUGA